AUGUUCAUCUGCUGCAGUAUGGCUGUUCUGAUGAUUGUGCUGACUUUUACUGUUCCUACAGGGGACAGCAUUGUUGGAGGUCGUGAGGCUGAACCCCACAGCAGGCCCUACAUAGUGCUUGUGGAGAGGACAAUGUACAAUAAUGAAACAAGAUACUGUGGUGGAUUCCUUCUGAGUGAAUACUUUGUGAUGACUGCAGCCUCAUGCCAAGCCAAAAUAAUCCAACAAAAUAAUUUGACCUCCAAGGUAAAUUUCAAUGACACAGUGCAACCUGUUGCACUGUCAGAUGGGUGUGACUGCUCACUGCCAAAAUCCUGUAGCGUCUCUGGCUGGGGACUGGUGAGAGCGGGUAGUUACAACAUGAAUCCUAAACUCAUGGAAAUCAAUGUAAAACUCAGGGUCCACAAGAAAUGCCUUGAAGUAAAUGCAUACUGCUCUGAAGGAAAGGACAGACCUCACGGGGUGUGAUUUUCCUGUCUAGUCAACAAACAACAAACAAAUGAACAUAGUGCAAACACACUCAAUAGUUUUCACCUUUUGCAUUCUGUAUUUGUCCUUUCAGGGGGAUGGUGGCAGUCCGUUUGUGAGGAUGGAAAGGUGUACAGAGUGGUGUCUACAGCUGGGAGGGCUCCCAUCAGACUCACAACUUAUGCCAAGAUGUCUGACCACGUGUUUCUGACAGAAUGGAUUUCUCCACACUUAAAAAAAAAUGCCAUUGAAAAAGAUACUAAGUGUUGCGCUGAUCUCUCUUUUUAAUUUUUUCCAUCACUCUGAGUAAAAUGUUGUUUCUUCUUUGCUGACCUGUGCGCACAUCUUUAAAAUAAGUAAAUAAAUGUGUUGAGGGUAUGCCCUCGUGAGAAAUUGCUGCGGUAAUUUUCUCCAAAAGACUGUGCUAAAUUGCUCUGAAAAGCAAAUAAUCACAUCAGCGCCAAGAAACUUCAUUUCCCAUGAUGCUUUGCACACGGAAGCAUUGUGAUGACGUCACCGCCUAAUACCAGAAACACGUUCUGCGCAUGUGCGGGAGCCCAUGGAGUUUUCCCGCGAGCUCAGACUAUAAAUCAUUAACAAAGACAAAGAAACUCCGUUCUUUUGCCCAGGAUAACUGGCGGUAAGGACACGCUCAUCGUACGCUCCGACUAACUUGAGCACGCGGGAAGUCUAAGUGCUCCAGUAGAGCUCCCGGAAACGCUGGAAAGCUAAGCUACAAGCCCAUCAGGUCUGUCCAACUGCUCGCUGCGCUAGCUGCUGAAGGGAGAACACAGAACCGGGCUGGGAAAUCAGCAACUCCGUCAAACUCACGGAGAACGCCGAAAACAGCGGAGAAGGCCAUCAAACCGACGGACGACGCCGAAAACUGCGGAGAAACACGGAGAACCGUCAAAUCAAACAGUGGGGGACGCCUUGCUGUUCUGGUCCUCUGGUGUUUGCAGCUGGUCUCCUCUGCUGGUGUCGUCAGGAUCAGGAGCUUCCAGAAGAAUGUGCCUUUCAAUGACUCUUUCCCCCUUAUUUGUUAUAUUAAUUAAAUAAAUCUCAAUUUAUAUAUUUA